UGAGAACUGCUGACGAGCUCAUUUGUAAAUAAAAACAAAAACACAAAAUUUCUUCGUUUUGUUCGUAGAGACAACCCACGUGUUGCAAGUACAAAAAAUUCUACAACGCCAAGUCCUAAUACUGCGUCAUUGCAUUUAUUCUAAAAAUAUUCAAAAUGAAUCAUCUGAUGCAAAAACUAGGUUAUUUUAUGAAUUUCGCCAGGCCAGUUGAAGAAAAAGUAAUGAAAGUAUCCAAAUACGAAAUAUAUUUUGAGCAGAUGUACAAAAUUCUGAAUUGGGAAGACAAUACACUCACCCUCAUAGUAUUUUUGGCGUUCAACCUGGUGUUUUGGAUUAUAGUUAAUUGGGAGAUAAAAUUAUUUGGCUUGCUAUUCACCACUUUUUUGGUAUGGUUCAUCUGGAAUUCCUUUUUUGAAGCAAAGGAUUUUUCAUUUUACGAAGCAAAAUAUAAAGAAGCCUUUGAUGAAGUAUGCAUGUACAUAUGUGAAGUUAGUACCAAUAUGAGGAUUCUAAGAAGAGACAGCCCUUUAGUGUUUUGCAGUGCAAUGUGUAUGAUUUGUCUGUUAUUGAUUUGCUUAUCAAGAACUGUAUCCGGAUAUAUAAUAGCCUAUCUCUUAUUGCUGGCUAUAUUCUUUGUGCCAUUAGGAUUCAAAUUUUUACCAGACGAUUAUUCUGAAGCUAUUAUGAAGUUGGUGAAGUCCAUUGUCAAUGUUAACGGAUAUGUAGAAGUGGUAGCAGAAGAAGAACUUAUACCUUUCAUUACUGGAAAAGAUUUUGGCAACAAGGAUAAUGACUUGGAUAGUUUGUUGACUGACAAAACACUUGGUAAGUUUUUUUUGGUUUCUCAUUAAAUUUCAAACAUUUCC